AUGAGCGACGAAGAACAGAGGAGUGCCGGUACCGUCCUCGCUCCUUGGGCCGGUUACGCUGCGAACGGACGAAUGAUCCGAACGCUUGGUCAAAUCUGGGCACAAUCUGGAGAAGUCGUCUCUGCUUUCGUUGAGAAUCUCUUCGAGUCGGAGUACUUGGGCCAUGACUUGAAGGCUUUUGAAGGUCUCCCUGCCUGGGCCGUCCCGGUUCCUGAGGACUUUGACGAGGAGAAACAUGUUGGCUGGGCGACUCAUAAGUAUGCUUUGGAGAGGCGACUUCACGUCUGCAUUGAAGUUGACCCAUCGCCUAAGCAGGCCUGGAUCAAGCCCGUCCUCGAUACUACCAUGGAGAACUGGAUUCGUGAUCCUAAGAAACGUCUUUACGGUGUCAAUAAAUUAUGGGAAGCAUAUGAUUUCCUCUGCUACUGGGCUCUGGAUGUGGCCAGAACCGGGAUAACCUGUCCUCUUCUCUUUGCUCUGGAUAACUACACCCAAAACAGCAUCCGCAAUUUUCGCUUCUCCGUGAACGAACAGGUGAAGCUCUACGAGGAAUGCGUAGGCAAUCAUGCGACCGGCACGGACGAAGGUUGGACCAAGAUGUACAAAGGCAAGGGUAAGGAGACCGCGGCAACCAACGCGAAACCUGCUCUUAGGAGCGAUAAACCAAAUUACGAUGACGAAGCCAUAUACUCUCGCAGUGCGGCUGCCGAGCCUUAUAGUUCGAAGUGGCAUGGACACCGAUCUUCGAAUCUUCCUACUGGACACCAACCCGGGCCAACCUCAGCCGUACCAUCCAUCCCCACACCACGCCAACAAUUCAGCUUCACACGUCGACGCGCCGAGCAAAGCCAUAUCCCGCCUCCACCAUCCCCCUUGAGCACCCCCCAAGCAAACUCUUUUAAACCCAGUCCCGCCGAGCUGAAGACGCCCGAAGACGCCAUCGCGCAGAUGGCCGAAGCGACACGCCGCGGCGUCAGGGCCGACUCCUUCAAAGCCUGGUCGCACUUCUUCGAGACGCAGAUAUCACAGUACGAUGAGCUGUCGCGGGGAUCCGCGGUAUGGCCGACCAUAGACCUGACGUUCCAGCGCUUUCUGCAGGAGCUGUGCGAGCGGUUCCCGCCGGGAGACGAGGGGCGCGCCGCAGAGCUGCAGCAGUGGGCUCGUGCUAUUAGCCAGCAAGUUGAGGACUACAAGGCUGAGCGGGCGAAACACGCUCGUGCUGAUGCUGUGCUCGAUAGGGUCAUGGGGCUCGUGGCUAAUCUGAAGGAGUAG